AUGUCUCCUGGUAUUAAUCUAGAGCCACUGAAAUUAGUAGGAUACAAGAAAUUUCAACGUCAGAAUCCACAAUCAGAUCAUUUUCAUGUCAAGACGUUUCAUCAUGUUGAAUUUUAUUGUGGAGACGCUACAACUACGUCACGUCGAUUUUCCUGGGGUCUUGGUAUGAAAUUACGUGCUAAAUCUGAUCAAUCAACCGGGAACCCCGUCUCAGCAAGUUACGUCAUUCAAAGUGGUCAAGUAAAACUUGUAUUUACAGCUCCAUAUGGACUUGAAACCGUUAAAAGAGUGGAUAGUACAAGUCCAAUGCCAGGUUAUUACCUAGAGGAAGCACAUGAGUUUAUUACGAGACACGGUCUUGCUGUCCGUGCAUUGGGUAUUCAAGUUGAAGAUGCUACAAUUGCUUAUCAAGAAUCGAUACGAAAUGGUGGUAUUGGUGUAUUAGAGCCUACAAUAUUAUUGGAUCAAGAAAGUGGUCAGAGCACAGUUUUAUCCGAGGUGAAACUCUAUGGCGAUGUGGUUAUUCGUUGGAUAAGUGGCGAUUUUACCGGUCCAUUCGUUCCAGGCUAUGAAGUCUGUGAGUCUCCUGAUAUCAGUAUUGGUAUACAACGCUUAGAUCAUUGCGUUGGGAAUGUACCAAACUUGCUAGAAGCAGUCAAGUAUAUUACAGGUUUUACAGGUUUUCAUCCGUUUGCAGAGUUUACGGCUGAAGAUGUCGGAACACUUGACUCGGGUCUUAAUAGUAUCGUACUUGCGAGUAAUAAUGAAAUGGUAUUACUGCCAGUAAAUGAGCCAACGUUUGGCACUAAACGCAAGAGUCAGAUACAAACGUACUUGGAGCAAAAUGUUGGACCAGGUGUACAGCAUCUGGCACUCAAGACGGAUGAUAUUUUCCAUACUUUGGCGGAAAUGCAAAAGAGAAGUUACAGUGGUGGUUUUGAUUUCAUGCCUCGACCGAAUCAAGCUUAUUACAAACAAAUGCCCGAACGUAUUGGUAAUGCGUUGACAAUGGAUCAAUACAAGCUUAUUGAACAACUGGGUCUAUUGGUCGACAAGGAUGAUCAAGGCAUUUUGCUCCAGGUCUUUACUAAACCACUAGGUGAUCGUGCUACAGUCUUUUUUGAGAUUAUUGAGCGUGUUGGAUGUAUGAAAGAUAUUGCUGGACGUCUUGAACAGGCUGCGGCAUGUGGAGGUUUUGGAAAAGGGUCCAGAGGAAUGACGUGUAAUGGAUGA